GCAGCUCCCCCUCCUGCCCCCCCCUCACCCGCCCAGGUGCCCGGAUGCGCCAGCCCGGCCGCCAUCUUCCCCACUCGGCUCAGGGACCCGCGCCACUCGCCGAGCGCCCGCCCCGCCGCAGACCCCGGCCCGCGCCGCCGCCGCUCCCGACAUGUCGGCCACUGCUGCUGUGCCCCCCGCCGCUGGAGGAGAAGGGGGUGGCCCCCCACCACCACCCCCCAACCUCACCAGCAACCGGAGGCUGCAGCAGACCCAAGCCCAGGUGGACGAGGUGGUUGAUAUAAUGCGGGUGAACGUGGACAAGGUGCUGGAGCGGGACCAGAAGCUGUCGGAGCUGGACGACCGAGCCGACGCCCUGCAGGCCGGCGCCUCCCAGUUCGAGACCAGCGCCGCCAAGCUAAAGCGCAAGUACUGGUGGAAGAACCUCAAGAUGAUGAUUAUCCUGGGGGUGAUAUGCGCCAUCAUCUUGAUCAUUAUCAUUGUUUACUUCAGCACUUAAUGGACCCUUGGAAGCCAAAGCCCCCCCUCCCUCCCCCCAAAGGAGCUGCGGCCGGGAGAGGCGCGAGGGGCUAUGACCCCCCCCUCCCAUGAUCUCAGCCAUAUCUUCCAGCCUCCCCCUCCCCCUUCCCCUUUCCCCCCGGGCCCCCCCGUGGCGUGUGUGCGUGUCUUGCGGUGCGUGUGGCCGUCCUGUAUAUAGGCUGACUUAUUUAUACAUAUAUAUAUAUUCUA